AUGUCAUCAUCAUCGAAUUCGCCGUGCGCGGCGUGUAAGUUUCUGAGGCGAAAGUGCACGCAGGAGUGCGUGUUCGCGCCGUAUUUUCCGCCGGACAACCCUAAGAGGUUCGCUGACGUGCACAAGGUUUUCGGCGCCAGCAACGUGGCCAAGCUUCUCAACGAGCUCAGCGCCGCGCAACGAGACGACGCCGUAAAGUCUCUUGCGUACGAGGCCGAUGCACGUCUGAGGGAUCCUGUCUACGGCUGCGUGGGGCUCAUCUCCGUCCUUCAACACAAACUCCGGCAGAUCCAAGUAGAACUCAACAAUGCAAAGAAGGAGCUCGCAACCUACAUCGGGCCACAAGCUUUUCAAGGCUUACCUUCCCCUAUUCUCCAACAGCACCCCAACAACCCUUUUUCCGGUUCCGUUUAUGGUAAUAUGGCAGGCAUGGCAGGCGUGACGGCUGCCGCUCACGGUGGACAGCUGGUGAUUCGCGACUCUCAACCGCCACAACAGUAUCAGAUCUUGGAGGCUCAGCAGUUAGCUGCGGCUGUGGCGGCAAGGGAGCAGCAGGAGUUGUUCAGGAGUUACGAACAUCAACAGCAGGAGUUUAUGCGAUUCAGUGGUGGGUUCGAUGUGGGUUCGGCUUCUUCUGCUGGUGGGUUCAGCCAGAUGUCCCCAGCUGCUGUUUCAGCUGAUCAGUUGUCUCCUUCGUUGGCAUUGGGAUCCUUCGAUAACGCUUAUCACAUGCAGCAACCGCAGCAGGGAGAGCCCCAUCCUCAUUCUCAUCCCCACAACAUUCCUUUUGAGGCUCAGCUAUUGCUCCCACCUCAACAGAAACAAGCGCAGCAACAAACCCAACAGUCACAACUUCCCCUUCACCAACAACAGUCUGAAAGCGAGGAGUGUAGAAGUCUUGGUCCAUCCUGUUGA